CUUUCUCAUAAGUCCCGCACGCUGCAUAAUCAACACCUAAACUCUGGCUUCGACCUAGAACAGAAAUGCUAUGCUCUAGUAAAUCUGUCGAUGAGAACAUAUUGAGCAGAUGAUAGCCCGCGAAGGUUCAAGAGCGUGACGGGAGUGUGGUCACUUUUUAACUCUGCACCACCCAGCGCCGAAUAUCAUUCCCGGGCGAUUAUUGAAUCAUACGCUGGUCGAACGUGUAAAGUGCGACACGUACCGGUUGCCAAGUGAUCAGGAGCAUUAAAAAUGACAUUGAAGGCUUUUUGCCACAGCUGCAGCGUGAUUCUAUUGUUCCUGUUUUUGUGAGGUGUGUCCACUAUGGCUUAAAAGCGACAAAAGCACCCGAUCACCCGGUUAGUAGUGAGUAGCGCAGUGAGAACGGUCGUGUUGUGCUGGUACAUAGUGUAUGGUGCGAACGGUUAUGUCGUUGGACGAAAUCUGCUGGAAGCUGCUGAUGUUUCCCUGGCUAGUGAAGUUGGCCCACUGGAAGGGGAUCUGUUUCAACCAUAUGAAAACGACGACUCCAUUCCCGUUCAUUACGCUGCCACCGAAUUACACCUUUCCUGCUUCGACCGCGUCCUCCGCGAUUCCUUUUACCCCGCUAACCAGCCCAUCGCUAACGUUUAGUACGGGAACCACUCCAACGGGCGCACCGUUCACGUCAACCACGUUUGCCACCACUAGCCCGUCCGUACCGUUCACGUUUUCUACCUCAGUUGUAACGCAGACGAUCCCGGUGCCUAGUCUUACCUCUACCACCUUCAUUACUCAAGCACCCACUACGACGGGUAGUGGUGCAACGUUUCCUCCCAGCACCAUCUCCAAUCCUGUGCUGACUUCCACUCCAAGCACACCCCUGUUCCCUACCGUUACCUUUACGAAUCCAUCCACCGGCACCGGUACGCUUCCCGGUGCUAUACUAACAUCCACUCUGUCCCCGGUGACUCCGGUCACGGGGAUAUCACCACUGCCAACGUUCCCGACCUUCCUCUCAACGAUUAAUCCACCGGGACUGACAAGCACGGUUCCGACCACGAUCGCCGCAACUACCGUUUCCUGCCCAUCGGUACCACCGACCUGUCCAUCGUCGGUGCUAACGUCUACCACCUUCUCUGGGUUCGAUCCAAUGCCCAGCAUCGAUCCAAGGCAAACGUACAACGGUUGCCCGUGCAUAGAUCCACGAGCGAUACCGGUUACUACCGCGAGAAGUUGAGUAGUACACGACAGCUGCCUAACGCCCAACGCACAGAAUGGCAUCUGCAUCGUGUACGUAAACUGUGACUUCAUACUGCAGCUGCUGAUCCGCAACGCUAAUCUGCGCG